AUGCCCUGGGAGAAUUCAGACCUUAAAUCUGCAUUAAAAGGUGAGAAGGUCUGUGGCACAGCUUUGAUUGGCGUUCUAGAUGGAGCAGGAUUAGAUGUUGAUUUUCAUCUACUGUCUCCAAAAGGUGAAACUCUAGUUUUUGAUGAAAGAAAAUCAGAUGGAGUUCAUACGGUGGAAGCAGAAGAUGGGGAUUACAUGUUCUGCUUUGACAACACAUUCAGUACCAUUUCUGAAAAGGUGAUUUUCUUUGAACUGAUCCUGGACAAUAUGGGAGAAGACGGACAAGAUCAGGAAGACUGGAAGAAGUACGUUACAGGCACAGAUCUCCUAGAUAUGAAAUUGGAAGACAUUCUGGAAUCCAUCAACAGUGUCAAAGCCAGAUUAAGCAAAAGUGUCCAGAUUCAGACCCUGCUCAGAGCAUUUGAGGCUCGUGAUCGAAAUAUACAAGAAAGCAACUUUGACAGAGUGAAUUUCUGGUCCAUGGUCAACUUGGGAGUAAUGGUGGUGGUAUCAGCUGUUCAGGUUUACAUGUUGAAAAGUCUUUUUGAAGAUAAGAGGAAAAGUAGAACUUAAUAUUCAGCAUGAUCAUAAGAACAUAAGAGGUGUGGGGGGAGAGGGGGAGCAAUAAACUACUACAGUAAAGGGAAGAAAAAAAAAAAGACCUUUCAGAUUCUUUUGAACAGGCAGUAGACAUCAGGUUUUCAAUUCACGUUGGGCGUUUUGGUGGUUUUUUGGUGGUGAUGGUCUUGUUUGCUUUUGUUUCGUUUUUUUAACAUGAACAGAAUGUGUUGCCCCAAGCUCUUCCAUUUCUGCAAGUGCUACUAACAAUAUCUUUUUUGUACUUGUAGCAUUUGUUAAUGACUAACUUACGCAUAGUGCACAGGAUGCUUGGUGCAUAUGCAAAGUAAUGUUAAUACUGUCAUUUUUUCACGUUCACAUAAAACUUUAAAUGGUAACUUAGACAUUGGUUUAUUUGCUGUUAAACAUUGAGUAAAUUUACAUGUGUGCCUAAGUGUUCACGGGAUUGAGGACCAGGGGGGUAGUCUGUAGUUUCUGUAGUUACUGUCAUUUAUCUUCAAAGUUACGUGUUUUUAAAAAUCCUCAGCUUUUGUUGUACAGCAUCAUGGAGAAACACUGGGCUAACAUUGCGAGAACAAAAUGAGAACUCUUUUUAUGUACAGAUGACUAACAUCAGCACUUUAAAAAAGCACCAUCAAUGUGAAAUUGAGUCAGUGUUGAAAAGAAUUGGAGAAAAUAGGUGCAAUUCCUGUUCGUAAAUCUUUGUGUCCUGUAGUUUUACAACCCUAUUUUCCUUUUUGGCUGUUACAUGAGAUUCAAGAGACAAGUGACUAUAUGGUAGACAAACAAAUGCACAUACACCUUGAAGUAUGGUUUGCGAACUCUUAGUUACUGUAACCUCAUGUAAUAAGAUAAUUUUCAAGAAGUCAUUUCUCAUAUUAUUCUUUCCCUUUAAUAAAAGGGAGAGUGUCAUAAUGUGAAAACAUUACCUUAAUGUUAAUUUUUGUAGUCUCAAAAUCCCUCUUAUUUGCAAAUUAUUUUUUAUUAGUUUUUGUCUACUAUGUCUAUGACUAAUGUAGCAGUUAAUAGGGUGAUUUACAUAGGCAUGAAGAACUAAAGCUGUUCACUUAAACUUUCCCUUUUUGCUCACGCUCACAAGUCUUUUAGCUGUAUAAGUACACUCGGUUCAUAUGAGCAGUGUUUCUAUAUCUAGCUGUUUAUAUGAGUAAGGCAUGAAUUACAUGAGCAGUAAGUACAGGCUUCAAAUUUUAGGAUCAACUGAAUAUGUAAUAUCACUUAACUAAGGCAAAGCUAUCCUGAAACCAGUAAUUUGUAAUUUCUAGAUAAAGUGGCUUUUAACAGUGUAAUGAGGGCAUGGAGAAUUUUUGCAAAAACCCCUGGUGUAUGAGAAUUAACUUUUUUUAAUAGUUCAAAGUUAGUAAUUUUUACAAUGUGCCAAGUCACUGAAGUUUCCUGUAUAAGUGUGUUAAACUACAUUUCAUCACAAGUGUUUUUAAAAAACACUUUUUUAAAGAAGUGUUUUAAAAAAAGUGUAUGUAUUAGUGUUCUGCCUGUUGUUGGGUCAUCUGGGUACAAACACCAGAAUUGCAAUUUCGAGACUGUGAUUAAAAAUUACUUUAUGGAGAUAAAACAGGGUCGAUAAAUGCAUGAAGAAACACUUUGUUCAAAUUAAGCAGAUGCUAGCA